AUGGGUAAGCAUCGGAAGAGAGAAGAUACUGAUUCGGACGAUGAAACUCCAUCUUCAGCAUCAUCUUCGUCUUGUUCCUCCUACAGCUCCGAUGACUCUGAUUCGUCUUCUAGCAAGCGGCGUAAGCGGCGGAAAAGCGACGGAGGUUAUGAGAGAGAGAAGCGAAAGAAGAGAGAGAGAGAAAAGAGGAAGAAGAUGGAGAGGAGGAAGAGGAAGGAGAAAAAGAUGAAAGAUAGGAAGAAGAAGAAGCGUGAUUAUGAGUCUGAUUCCAUGUCUGAUCAAGAGGAUGAGCCUGAAACUGUUGUUAAGGAGAUGCUCAUAGAGUUUCCUAAUGUUGGCAAUGACUUGAAACAGCUUUUGAGAAUGAUAGAUGAUGGACAAGCGGUUGAUAUUAAGGGUAUAUCGGAGAAGGCUUUGAAGACGCGUUUGAAGAAGCUGUUUCUGUCUUUGAAGUUGAAGGAACGUGGUGAUAGAGUGUUUCUGUUACCACCAGGUGCUUCUCCUUCUUUAGAUAUAGUAGGGCAUCUUAUUAAAGGCAGCGAAGAAGAAGAUGAAGGAGCUGAGAAAAACCUUGACGAUUCCAAGAAAACUGAAGCAGAUGCUACUGGAAAUGGGAUUGAUGAGACGAAAAAGACUUUGGGAGAUGAAAACGGUAUUGGAUCAAAUGCAGCAGAUGAUGUUGCUGGUCCAAAGAAAAGAGUGAUUGGACCUGCAAUGCCAUCGGCUGAGCUACUUGCUGCAGCAGCUAAGCUAACAGAAGCUCAAGCUGAACUCAGAGAAGCUGAGCUAGAAGAAGAUUCAGAAUAUUUUAUAGGACCUGCUCCACCUGCUGUUGUCGCGGAAGUUGCAUCCUCAAACGAGGCAGAGCGAUUCGAAGAGGUGACACGGAUCAUGGAAGCUGAAGCUAAUAGUCCUUACGAUGUUUUAGGAGUGAAUCACAAUAUGGCUGCUGAUAAUAUGAAGAAGAGAAAAGCAAUGGAUGACAAGAUUAAACUUAAGGAAGAACAGGAGGCAUUUAAGGCUGAAUUACGCUCAAUGCAAGAAGCAGCACAAUGGAGAAGAUCACAAGGUAUAUCAAUGGAAGGCGACGAAGAGCUACUAGCUGCAACAGAGGUUAAACCUGUACCUAAAAGAGACGAAUGGAUGACAACUCUUCCUCCUGAAAGAAAAGCCGGAGUGGUUGUGCAGCAAUCGACGACGACAUUUAGCAGAAAUGCUAGAGAAGGACGCGGAGACACUACAGUCUGGACUGAUACUCCUAUGGACAAAGCUGAAAGAGCAAAGAUGAAUUACUUAGAGGCAUAUAAUAAAGCGAAUGCGCUUGCUUCAAACGAAGGGGAGAAUAUGAAAAGAAGCUUAGAUGCGGAUCUUGUGGACAAGUACAACAAAGAGAAAAGAUCAAAGUCUUUGGUAGAGAAGCACAGAGAAGGUUCUUCUUCUCUAUCUUCAAGCCGUUUGAAGAAGAAGAAGAAACUGUCUUCGUCUUCUUCGUCCAAAGACAAAGCUGAUGAGAAGGAUGAGUGGGUGGGGAAACAUCCGUGGAAGCCAUGGGAUCGCGAGAACGACCUCACUGCAGGGAGACAGAGUGUGAAACUCGAUGCUGAGGGUAUGGCUGAAGGUUUGGCUUCCAAGUUUUCUUCUGGGAAUUUCCAAAGAAGUUUUCUUUGA